AGUCAAAUUUCCGGCUGAUAGAAACAAAAACUCUCUCCAAAUCUCAAAGUAAUUUCGUUUUGGUUGUAGUUCCCAUUUAGUGAUACCCGUAUUUAGCUGUCGCCGAGGACCCCUCACGAUGCCCAAACGCACUCCGUACACCUGGUUGCAGCCGGACUUUCCCGGCGAUGGCAGCGACAUGUCCUGGCAGGAUCCGACCCUGCUGGUCAUCUGCCAGAACGCCGACGUGGACACGGCGAUGCAGCCCCUCCUGCGCUCCCUGCAGCAACCCUUUGCCCCCGGACUGGUGGCCAGUGUCUUCGUGCACGAGACGAUGCGCAACGCCUUCUGCGAACGGGUGCGCUCCUCCAUGGAGCUGAUGCACCGCCAGGCGGCCAGCCACGCCCACUACCGGAGGGCCGUCGAGAUGGUGGACUGCCUCCAUGCGGAAGUGGUCAGCAUGCUGACGCCGGACGACAUCCGCUUUCAGUUCAAGAUGUCCGUCGGCUCGCCGGUGAUCGUGUGCGAAUUCGAUCAGAGUUUCUUUGGCGGAUCACGGCCCAGUUCGGUGGUCACGCUGCACACCUUCCGCCACGCCUCCGAGCUGCCCCGCCUCCUGGCCAACGAGCGGGUGCCGUUCGUGAGUGCCGCCGUCUGGGGCAAGAAGAUGGCCACCGUUUACGAGGCGGCCCUGCAUCUGGACCUCACCGUCGUCUACAUCAACUGCCAGGCUGUUCCGCUAACUCCCGUCCAGGAGUUCCUCGAGGCGAAGCAGCCGCACGUGGUGCUGGCCAGGUACCAUCACUUCGAGGUGAUCCUACACGGCGCCCAGCACCGGGUGAUCGUCUAUCCGGCCAGGGUGAUCUGGGAGCCACCGGUCCGGGCGUCGGCCGGAGCCGAAGACGAGCCCCCCUCGGAGGGCAGGAAGAUCGCCACCCAUCGGAAGUCGAAGGACAAAGCUCGAGGCCUCGCCAAAUCUAGUCUCAGAUCUUUCUCAAAAGUUUAAGUAAAGUCCAGUUAAAUUACCAGUGUAGGGGUAUGAUAUAAAUAUCCCCAAAAAUAUAAUUUAAAACCGUGGAAUAUA